AUGAGUAGUAUCGAGGGCACCGGCCUCCUCGCUCUUCCUUACGUGAUUGCUGAGAGUGGCCUGGUAGCGAUAGCAGCUCUGAUCAUGGUUCCCUUUAUCACCUACUACGCCGGAGCUAUAUUGAUAGAGUGCCUGUAUGAGACCAACAACGAAGGCGAAAGAAUUCGAGUCAGGUCCAACUAUAAGGAGCUCGGUAACGCCUGCUGGCCUCGCUUUGGUGGUGCUAUUGUUGCCGCUGUCCAGCUGAUCGAACUGUUUAUGCUGGCGUCUUUGUAUCUUGUCUUAUGCGCCUCGCUCUCAAGCAGUAUAUUUCCAGGGAUACCAGUGUCCGAUAAAAUUUGGAUGAUCAUUGCAGCUACAAUUGGGUUCCCGACCAUUUUCGUACAGAAUCUUUCACAGGCUGCAUGGUUCAGUUUAGUGAGUGUUGUAGCUUUAUCUGUAGCAGUAAUAGCUGUCUUAGCUUUUGGCAUAGCGGCACAUGGCUCUAAGUGGGAUUUUAGCCUUAUAUUAGUCUGGAAUAUCGAUGACGCGCCAAUCUCAUUAGCAAUUAUAAUCUUCAGCUACAUUUGUCAUCCUGUAUUGCCAGGAGUCGAGGAAAGCUUGCAAAACAGAUCACAGUUCCGCAAGAUGCUUGCGCUAUCUUAUACCUUCGUUGCAAUCCUCAAGAUCGUUUUUGCAGUUUGUGCCUUCUUGUCGUUUAGCCCAGACAUUCCAGAUGUGAUUGUAAAUAGCCUUCCCAUGGGAUUUUUACGAGUCUUUGUCAACGGAUUUUUGAUUUUAAACGUUCUCUUUUCAUAUCGGUCAUUACCAUAAUCGGCGUAAUCGAGGAAAUUUUUUCAGUCGAUUCACUUCCAUUCAGAUGUCCCGAGAUUGUUUGGUUCAUCGGCAUUCGAGUGUUGACAAAUUUUCUAACACUUCUACCCGCGAUUACUAUUCCACAUUUUGCGCUUUUUAUGUCAUUCAUCGGAAGUUUAAGUGGUUCCUGCGUUGCUUUGAUUUUUCCUGCAGUUUUUCACCUCAAUAUCCAAAAGGACAACUUAAAACUAUAUCAGAUCACUUUUGAUAUUUUGGUAAUAUUUGUUGGAGUUUUUGCGAGCUUUACAGGUUUAAUUUUCACCGGAAAGAAAAUCCUUCAGCUUUAGACUUCAUCGUGUUUUUGCUUUUUUAUCUAAACGAAAAGAGUUUUGUCACUCCCGACUCCCCUGAGUAGGAUUUUGUCAUUUUUGCGGUCACGUGACCACGCGAGCAAUCUUGUUGUAUUCGCCAAGUGCUUUCAAGUGCCAGAUUUAUUUGUUGUUAAAUACGGAGUUUACAGAGCUUAUUUCGUUUAUUUUAAACCGAGAGGCCAUACAGUUCGGUAAGUGGACAUUUGUGGACAUUUGUGAACGUUUUGAAGAACAUAUAAGACAUUGGACAUUUAUAUUUUUUGCAGAAAACCACUCGCAUCGCCUUUAUGUAAACAAGGAACGUGUCGAUUGUGAGUUUUCACUGUGUGCCUCGGAUUGUGCAACUGUGUUAUAUUUUUGUGGUCCGUGGCCGUACGGACUUUGAACAUUUGGAGAUAUUUGUGAAUAAACCAGUACGUUACUGACAAGUUUAAUUUCGCUCUUUUUUUCGAGUAUUAAAUUGCCACAUGGCAGUGUAACUUUUUCCACUGCUGAUUCACUCCCCAGGUAUUUGCAUGUUAGCGAAUGAGCUUGCAGCUGGUUAAGAUUAAAGAUAUGAUCUACGAUAUCCAAUAGUUUGUAUAGAAACCAAUCCCCCUCCUAACCCCAGUCCACGCGGCUAUCCAUAUAAGUUUGACUUUCGCACGGAUCAUGCAAAUAUAACGGUGUUAGCUCGAGUAGAAGGUAAUCGCAACUACGUUCUUAGGCAGCCGUAGUCCAAAAUCGUCACGUAAAUUGAUCUUUCGUCGAGUGUCCCGUGUUCCUUAUGUUAUUAGUAUUGCCUAUGUUAUACACAUUUCCUGUUAUUUCCAAUCUUGUAGUUAGUCGUUCCGUUCAUGAUGUACUAUGUUUGUAAUACUUUACUCAGAAACCACUGGCAAUGGCGUGUAAAUAGAAGAUUUCGAUCGUGUCGUCAACCAAUUAAACUCCUCUUAAAUUUAUUGCUGGUGUGUUGGUCACGGUUUGAUCUAUCUCUAAGUUAAAUUUUUAUAAAAGCAUAUCGUUUUUUGCCGAGCUUUGGAACAGUAACACAACAAUAGUAUGAUCAGUUUUUGACUGCCCAGUGUAGUAUAUUUCCAUAAGCUUGGGCGAGUCACGGGUGUGAAGGACAUAUAAGAAACUGCCAUCGUUCUUUGAUUCUCUCGUUACAAAAGGUCUAGAAUCUGAUCGUCAGGUGUUUUCUUUCGCAAGUAGAAAGCAAAAGGGCUUGAAAAACUGUAAUUAUUGUGGAGAAAUAAAUAGAGAUAGCGCGUAGAUAUGGAAUUUCUCUUCAUAAUAUAUAACUACUUACAAAAACAGCACAGUUCCCGAUAUUAUAAUUACAGGUAAUCACAUGAUUUUUCUCAUGCCAUUUUGAAUAAAUAGGCACUGAAACUGGACUGAAAACUCAAAAAGAAUCUUAGAUGGAAAUUGCUUCGUCUCGAGACGACUUUAACGUCUUAGACAACUUUAACGUCUCUAGCAUAAAAACGGCCGUUUACGAAAAUUGUUCAAUUAUUUUUUUUAAUCAAUCACGCGACGGACUUCCCCGAGCUCUUCGUAGUCUAGACUGUAUUGUGCAUUAUGAAUUAUGCUAACAUACGUGUAAAAGGAACAAAAUAUAACAAAGUUUCCUACCAAUACUGUGUCAUCUAUAAAACUCAUUAUUUUCUCUUGAUAACCCGUAACACAUUGGUUAGUUACCAAAGAGAGUCCAAGUCGGCAUGAAUUUAUGUUAAAUUAACGGGAUGAAUCAUUUUGCGAAUGAUGACUUAAUAGAAUUCCUUUUCCUGUCUCUUGAACCUUUAUCACCGGAAAGUCAAUCCUCCCGUUAGAAAAAGAGAGGAUUUUUAUAUGCUUGCGAUACUGCUAUAAAAAUGGAUUGAGGCAAUUUCCUCUGUUUUGUCGCAAUUGUUACGAUCAACCACGUGCAGAGGGUCUCAGUCGGGUUUUACACGUGUAAAAUUGCGACUUUUUUUUUUACGUGUAUUGGAUAUCGUCAGUCAGCUGCUGACACGUCACUCACCUUUCUUGCCACUCUGUCGUAUUGUGCCGGAAUAAAUCACAAAGUGUUCUCCUUUCUUAAUCUAAGGUCGUUGUUUAAUUUUAAAGUCAGUCAAAGCCUAUGGUGUUUAUGUAAUAAAUCAAAUAAAACGUAACAUGAACGUAUGGAAUUUCUCUUCUCGUGUUCAACUCGAACAGAAAUCCUAUAUCUAAAUCUAAGCGCACCUAUGUAUUAUUUUCUAUUAUGAUAAAGUUCGGAUAUAACGCGCGCUGUCAUUGGUUGAAAGAGCGUGCUCUAUGAGAGUAUAGAGCAUAGAGCUGAGCUAAAGCUGUCACACCAUCUUCCAAAUUGUACUACGUUCGAGCUUUUCCGGGACUUCUUUUUAGCUUUUUUCCGAUAAUUGAAAGUGAAGUUUCGGAACUGAAGCGAGCCGGCAAGUAGCAACAGAAGAACCAAAUGAAGGUUUGUAAACAUACCAGGCGCCGUAAUUUACGUUAUUAAAACGUGAGCAGAUGCGAAAAUCCUCAAAGGAAAAACAAAAUAGACAUUCCGAGUUUUAAAGAUUAACUCGCGCUCAGUUAGAUUGCAAGCUUACGUACGGAAAUAACAAUCAAACACAGCGAACACUAAUAUAGUAUUUAAACUUCAGUGUUCAAAAACAAAACAGAACAAACAGAAAUGAUGAAAAAUAUAACCAAAUUAGCAUAACUGUUAAAAUUCAUUCUAAUCAUGACGGUGUCUGAGCGAAUAUGAUCAUGCUGAAGUCCAUCGCGGCUCGCUCAUCAUGGUGAUCUCCGGUCAUCACAGUAAAGCAAGUCUCAGAAACUAUAUCGGCCGCCCUUCGAGUGAAAAAAUAAGAGCUUGCUCUGAUAUCCUUUCCGAUGCGUUGAGUGGAAAGUCACUGCAGCCGAGUUUUACCGAAUCCCGAGCGAUCUUCAUGUUUCGGUGAAUUCGGCUGUCGUUCAUUCAAGAAGUGAGGAGAAACACUAGACUACGUCUCGUGUUUCUCCCUACACUUCUUUCGUGCUCUAGCCGCUUCCUGCGUGCUUUAUAACAGAACAGAGCACAGUCAAGGCUUCUCUAUUUGUUAAAUCUAAAUCUUUAAAGAUAGUAUAUCACUUGAUAACUUGUGUCUGAUCACACCACGAGGUGCCACGUGGUCCGAUCCGUGAUUAUUGGAAUUGAAAUUGGUCUCAGUCCAUUUCACUCAUUUGAGCUCUCUGGCCGUAACGAGUGGUAAAGAGUCUAAAGACCAUAACCAUAAUUCUUAACCAUAUGGCAGCUGCAAGAACCACAUAGAGAGGUAACUCAUCAUAUUGCAAAGUUUGAGGUGAUCUGAAGAUAUUAUAGGUUCCAUCCGUGUAAGAACGGAUGGAACAAAUUUCGCCGCAUGUCGUUCCGAGGAAGUUCACUUUUAGCGUUAAAAUAAGGUGCCUCAAAAGAUUUGCUUGCCAUUCUGAUCGCAUGUUUAAAUUUGGUCAUAAUUUUGGUCAUUACGUCAAAUUAUGAACGUUUGCUCUCAAGCAGUAUAUUUCCAGGGAUACCGGUGUCCGAUAAAAUUUGGAUGGUCAUUGCAGCUACAAUUGGGUUCCCGACCAUUUUCGUAAAGAAUCUUUCACAGGUUGCAUGGUUAAGUUUAGUGAGUGUUGUAGCUUUAUCUGUAGCAGUAAUAGCUGUCUUAGCUUUUGGCAUAGCACAUGGCUCUAAGUGGAAUUUUAGCCUUAUAUUAGUCUGGAAUAUCGAUGACGCGCCAGUCUCAUUAGCAAUUAUAUUCUUCAGCUACAAUUGUCAUCCUGUAUUGCCAGGAGUCGAGGAAAGCUUGCAAAACAGAUCACAGUUCCCCAAGAUACUUGCGCUAUCUUAUACCUUCGCUACAAUCCUCAAGAUCGUUUUUUCAGUUUGUGCUUUCCUGUCGUUUAGCCCAGAUAUUCCAGAUGUGAUUGUAAAUAGCCUUCCCAUGGGAUUUUUACGAGUCUUUGUCAACGGAUUUUUGAUUUUAAACGUUCUCUUUUCAUAUCCUUUUAGUGUCAUUACCAUAAUCCACAUAAUCGAGGAAAUUUUUUCAGUCGAUUCACUUCCAUUCAGAUGUCCCGAGAUUGUUUGGUUCAUCGGCAUUCGAGUGUUUACAAAUUUUCUAACACUUCUACCCGCGAUUUCUAUUCCACAUUUUGCGCUUUUUAUGUCAUUCAUCGAAAGUUUAAGUGGUUCCUGCGUUGUUUUGAUUUUUCCUGCAGUUUUUCACCUGAAUAUCCAAAAGGACAACUUAAAACUAUAUCAGAUCACUUUUGAUAUUUUGGUAAUAUUUGUUGGAGUUUUUGCG